CGCAAGAUGGCGGCGGUGGAGCUGGAGUGGGUGCCCGAGACGCUCUACAACACCGCCAUCUCGGCCGUGGUCGACAGCUACGGCCGGGCGCGCCGCAGGGACAUCCGCUCCCUGCCCGAGAACAUCCAGUUCGACGUCUAUUACAAGCUUUACCAGCAAGGACGACUGUGCCAGUUGGGUAGCGAAUUUUGUGAGCUAGAAGUUUUUGCGAAGGUUCUUCGAGCUUUAGACAAGAGACACUUACUUCAUCACUGCUUUCAGGCAUUGAUGGACCAUGGCGUGAAGGUGGCCUCAGUCUUGGCCUAUUCGUUCAGCCGGCGGUGCUCCUACAUAGCAGAAUCAGAUGCUGCCGUGAAGGAAAAGGCUAUCCAGAUUGGAUUUGUGCUAGGAGGGUUCCUCUCAGAUGCGGGCUGGUAUAGCGAUGCUGAGAAGGUCUUCCUUUCCUGCCUUCAGUUAUGUACCCUUCAUGACGAAAUGCUCCAUUGGUUUCGUGCAGUGGAGUGUUGUGUGAGGUUGCUGCACGUUCGAAACGGCAAUUGUAAAUACCAUUUGGGAGAAGAGACGUUCAAACUAGCCCAGUCGUACAUGGACAAACUAGCAAAGCACGGCCAGCAAGCCAACAAAGCAGCCCUGUACGGGGAGCUGUGCGCCCUGCUGUUUGCAAAGAGCCAUUACGAUGAGGCUUACAAGUGGUGUAUAGAAGCCAUGAAAGAGAUCACAGUUGGCUUGCCAGUAAAAGUAGUAGUGGAUGUUUUACGGCAAGCUUCAAAGGCCUGUGUUGUAAAACGUGAAUUUAAGAAAGCCGAACAGUUGAUAAAACACGCAGUGUAUCUAGCUCGGGAGCAUUUUGGAGCCAAGCACCCAAAAUAUUCAGACACACUACUUGACUAUGGGUUUUAUUUACUCAACGUAGACAACAUAUGCCAGUCGGUUGCGAUUUACCAGACGGCGCUAGACAUCAGACAGUCGGUGUUCGGUGGCAAAAACAUCCACGUAGCCACGGCUCAUGAAGAUUUGGCGUACUCUUCCUACGUUCACCAGUACAGUUCGGGGAAAUUUGACAAUGCGCUAUUCCACGCGGAGCGUGCCAUUGGCAUCAUAACUCACAUUCUUCCUGAAGAUCAUCUUCUUCUGGCCUCUUCCAAGAGAGUUAAAGCACUUAUCUUGGAGGAGAUUGCGAUCGACUGUCACAACAAGGAAACGGAGCAGCGGUUGCUCCAGGAAGCCCACGACUUACACCUGUCCUCCCUCCAGCUCGCUAAAAAAGCCUUUGGGGAAUUCAACGUGCAGACAGCAAAACACUACGGUAACCUUGGAAGACUUUAUCAGUCAAUGAGGAAGUUUAAGGAAGCAGAAGAAAUGCACAUCAAGGCGAUCCAGAUCAAGGAGCAACUUCUGGGCCAAGAGGAUUAUGAGGUCGCCCUCUCCGUGGGACACCUGGCCUCGCUUUACAACUACGACAUGAACCAAUACGAGAACGCUGAAAAGCUGUACUUGAGAUCAAUAGCGAUUGGAAAGAAGUUAUUUGGGGAAGGUUACAGUGGACUAGAAUACGACUACCGGGGCCUCAUUAAACUGUACAACUCCAUUGGCAAUUAUGAGAAAGUAUUUGAAUACCACAAUAUUUUGGCCAACUGGAACCGGUUGCGGGACCGGCAGUUUUCCGUGACAGACGCCCUGGAGGAUGUCAGCACCAGCCUUCAGUCCACUGAAGAAGUGGUCCAGUCUUUUCUGAUGUCUCAGACGAUCGAUGAACAGAUUUGCUAAGGAACUUGGUCAAUUUUACCAACUGCUAAUUCCCCCCCCCCCGGUUUUCCCCAAAUUUACACGGGAAAGUCAUACUGUGAAAUCUGAAAA